AUGGUCUCCCUCUUCGGAGUCUUGGUGUACUGGCACUUCCGCCCUAAGGCACCAAUCGUUCUCCCUCGUGGCCCGCCGCCAACCGUCUACAAGACUUAUACUCCCAAAACCCUGAUUGAGUUUAACGGCGAGGAAGGUCGACCAGUUUACCUUUCUGUCCGCGGCCGCGUCUUCGAUGUCUCCCCCGGCAGGAAUUUCUACGGGCCGGGUGGACCUUACGAGAACUUCGCUGGCCGGGAUGCCUCGCGUGGACUGGCUUGCCAGAGCUUCGACGAGGAGAUGCUGACCAAGGACCUGUCAGCGCCAUUGGAUGAUCUGAAGGAUUUGGAUGCAGAGCAACUGGAGAAUCUACAAUCGUGGGAAGACCGCUUCUUGGAAAAGUACCUCGUCGUUGGAAAGUUUGUGGCUGAAGGGGACCCCGAAGCUCCUAAAUCGUAA